AUGGACUACUGGGAGUGGAAGACGGAUGGGGCGGGACUAGAAAUGGACGAGGUGUGCAUCGCCGUCCAGCACGGUGUGACCCUCUACAACGGAAAUGAGAAGACGCAGCGACGGAAUGGCAAGUUGUCGCUGACAACGCACCACCUUAGGUACAAUGACGAGGCUGAUAUCUCGACAGUGUUGCAGCUGCCGCUGGAGCUGGUCCGGCGCUCCGGACAGGCACCGAGCAUCUCCAGCGGCUUCGGACUCUUUUCGAGCGCCAAGAUCAUUGUACCACUACCGCAGAACGCGUUCGUGAAGUUGUCUUUCCGCAGCGGUGGUGUCGACAACUUUUAUGCCGCCUUUGUAGGUGCCCUUGAAAAGAAGGCGUGGCUGCAGACGAAAACAAAAGCGGCGGGAAGCGGAGGAGGUAGCAGCAGCGGUGCAAGUCACGCGUCGACGACGCCGGCACCGAGCCCGAGUCCGCCACCUUCCGUCCCACGCGGGUUUGGUAUCGCUGGUGUCCAGCAAGCCUCCGCACAGUCCGCCGCCAUGAGCGAAACCCUAAAAGACAUCGACGAUGUCAUGAACAAAGCCUCGGCACUCGUGAACAACAUCCGGCGCCUGCGCGAGCGCAGCGAGGCGGCUGCAGCGGCGGGAUCGGACGCCGGAAGUGAGACCGCCGUGGAGCGAACAAAGAUCGAGAGCAUCGAGUCCACGCUCGGACUGGGAGCCAUCGUGACGCGCAACAACAGCAGUGGCAGCGACUCUCGCUUCCACAGGGACUUGGCGGUUGAGAUGCACACCUGGAUGACGCAUGAGAGCAACUCGAAGCUCUUCAACGAUAUGCCGGUCGUUCCUCUUAUCGAGCUAUUCGCCCUGUACAACAGGGCGCGCGGCGGGGACUUGGUGUCACCGCUAGAUGUGCUGAAUGCAUGCACGUACAUGGCAGCAAAGAUGUCAGGCAGCUGCUACGACCUCGUCACGCUGGCGUCUGGACGAAAGGCGCUGGUGAAUCGCGACGACUCGCUGCUGCUGGCAAAGCUCACCACGGUGCUGGGACCUCAGCUGGUGAACGCCAAAGGCUCACCUGUGCAGGAUGCGUGGAAGAAGACGUCGUCGCAUCCGCAGCAGCGCAGCGGCGACGCAUCGUCCCUGGUGCGUGUCCCCACCAACAACGACUUCCCAAAGACUUCGGGAGAGCUGAAGUCCGUGAGUGAUGUGUCUCUGGCAGAGAAGAUACAAGUCGCGACCGAGGUGGCGGCCGACAUCUUGACCCUGCUCAUGCUGAAGGGCUAUCUCUGCUGCGUGGACACUGGCUUUGACUGUUACGUCUACACUUGGAACGUUUUCGUCUUUUGA